UUUUUUGCUUGAUACGUCACCGUUUGGAGGAUCCCAGCCCCCACCCUUCUCUUCACUCUCGGAAGAAAGUUGAAAGAAAGUUUACGAGUUAGCUAAACACAAAAAUCAAUUUACUGCCAUUGCUGAAACUUGAAAGGAAGAUUACAAGUUGAAGAUGGCAGCUUACGCAGCUCUAGUUUCUCUUCUCAACACCGUCGACAACAUCCAAAAUCAUCCUCACCUUUCUCAUUGCUUUCUCCACAAACAGAUUCAAACUUUAACCGCAAAGCUCGAUUCCUUGCUAGCUUUUGUGGAGAAGUACACUUCUCAAUCUCAUGGAGAGUUGGAGAGCCAAAUAGCUUCAGCAUCUCACGCCGCUGAAGAUGCCAUCGAAUCUCACAUUGUGGAUCAUAUUCUCGCCGGAUCUGCCGAGAACACCCCGCCGUCGUUGCUGGAUCUGCAGAAAUCAAUACAAGAGAUGGAUUCCAUCGAAGAAAAGCUGAAAGAGGAAACUAGAUCGGAAGAUCUGCAGCCAACGUAUUCGACGCCUGCUCCUCCAUCGACCGAAGCUGUCACAGCUAGAAAGUCAACUACUAUGGUAGGAUUUGAAGAGUAUUGGGAAGAAGUUAUGGAUAAGCUUACAAGCGACCAACGCCAGCGACAAAUUAUCCCUAUCACCGGUAUGGGGGGAAUCGGUAAGACUACUCUUGCCAGAAAUGUUUAUGAAAAUUCAACUAUUGUACAGUGCUUUGAUGUGCGUGGUUGGGUUACUGUCUCUCAAGAUUACAGUGUUAGGAAAAUUCUCUUCGAAAUUCUGUCCAGUUUAGGAGAAUCCACGCGUGAAAUGGAUGAGAGAACGGAAUAUGAAUUGAGUGAGAAGCUUCAUAAAACUUUGUUUGGUAGGAAAUAUUUGGUUGUGCUGGAUGAUAUAUGGAGCAUUGAUGCUUGGAAGAGGGUUCAAUUUUUCCUUCCUGAUAAUUACAAUAAGAGUCGGAUGAUUGUGACUACCAGGCAAUCGGAUGUGGCUAAAGAGUUUAGCGACUCUGCACUUGCGCUGCAGUUGCUAGGUGAGGAUAAAAGUUGGGAGUUGUUUUGUCACAAAGCAUUCGAGCAACGAGAUUGCCCUUCUGAAUUGGAGACAGUUGGAAGGGAGAUUGUUCGGAGGUGCAAGGGGCUCCCUCUUUCAGUUGCUGUGAUUGGGGGGCUUCUUGGGAGAUCUUCCAUGACGAGAAGAUAUUGGGAGAUCGUGGCAGAAGAUAUUAGCUCGGCUCUUGAUUCUGCUGGGGAUAGUCAAUACCAGAACUUAUUGUCUUUGAGUUAUAGUUACUUGCCCGCUUGUCUAAAGCCAUGUUUUCUUUACUUGGGAAUAUAUCCAGAAGAUCACGAGUUUCGUGUUUCCCGACUCAUUAAACUUUGGAUUGCUGAAGGACUUCUGAAGCCGAACAAAGAGCUGAACUUGGAAGAGAUUGCUAGAGGUUUCAUAAAGGAUCUUGUUGAUAGGAACCUCAUUUUGGUUUGUAGUGUAGGGUCUAAUGGGAAGCUCAAAACUUGUAGAAUUCAUGAUCUCCUGAGAGAUAUCUGCAUAAGGGUUGUUGAGAAGGAGAAGUUCCUCAGCAUCAUCACCACGAGGGUGCACGACGCUCCAAGAGACAUGAACAUGGAGCGUCGCAUUGUGAAUCACGGGAAGUAUUCUCCCGGUGGAGUUCUUGACACUCUGGAAUCCACAGCACUCGCCCGGUCUCUGAUCUGUCAGAGCCCAGCUCUGCUUCCAUUCAAAUCUCGAAUGCUGAGAGUGUUGGUCGAGGCCUACGGUGACUCUCUAGCUCCCACUUUCCAGCAAGUCAAUUUGAGGUUACUCGCCUAUGAAUCUGUCCGCGCACCAUUUGGUUGGAUCCGAACCUACGAGCUCCCCCCCUCUGUUUCCCUCCUGUGGAAUGUGCAGACGCUGAUAGUUGACAGAAGCAUUGACAAAGUUGUCGCGCCAUCUGAGAUUUGGGAGAUGCAGCGGCUCAGGCAUCUCGAGUUCUACAGAAUCUGGCUUCCUGAUCCUCCUCCCAGUGAAGGCGGAUGCGUUCUGCAAAACCUACGGACAGUUAAGACCGCGUUGGACUUCAAAUGCAGCGAGGAGGUCUGCAAGAGAACGCCCAACAUCAGGAAAUUGAAAAUCUUCUAUCAAGAUUUCUCUGAAGAGACUCGAGAAAGUUCACAUUGUCUCCACAACAUCUGCAGCUUUGACAGACUUGAGUCACUGUCGUGCUGCUUCCACACAGUGCCAAACCGCGAUGAUUUGCUGCAAAGCUUGAACUUCCCAAGCUCACUCAAGAAGCUGACGCUGCAAUACUGCGAGCUUCACUGGGACGACCUAACAAUCAUCGGUGCAUUGCCCCAUCUUGAGGUUCUCAAACUGAAGUGCCAAGCUGUCAGGGGGCACCAAUGGUGCCCAGUGGAGGAGGGAUUCGCCCGUCUCAAGUUUCUCGAGGUUGAUUCGUGUUACUUGAUUAAAUGGGAUGCGGAUGACUCGUGUUUCCCAGUUCUGGAGACGCUUGUUCUUGGCGGGUUGUACAAACUGGAUGAGAUCCCUGCUGAUAUGGCAGACAUAGCAACGCUGCAAAGUGUUUGUGUGGUCGAAUGCAGCGUUUCUGCGGCCAUCUCGGCGCUCAGGAUACUGGAACAGAAGUUGGAUAACGGUGACGACGACCUUAGAGUUCGGAUUGGGUUUAGGGAGAAGGCGGAGCUUGAGGAGUUCAAGGAGAAGAUGAAAUUUUAUGACCUUUCAGACCUUAGUUUUCAAGUUGAUCGUCUGUAAUUUUAUCCUAUUUCUACAGGGCUGAAUAACUCUACAAUAGAGUGUACUUCACUCUAUUGCAGAGUUAAAAUGUGGAGUUUCUUCAUUUUUAUUUCCAACAAUCAAUUUUAUAUUUCACUCUACAAUAAAAUAUUCCAUUUUUAUGCUUUUUA